CCAAAAGAUAUGGCAAUGGCUAAUUUGUUACCCCGGUUGAAUCAACUAGGGCAAGAGCUACAAAGGAUCACCACUCCCUUCCUUCUUUUUUUGGUUUCUCUUCUCUUGCUUUCCAUUUUUAUUUUGUUUUCAUCUUCCAAAUCAGGUUCGAAACUCAAGUCACCGCCAUCUCCAACAAAGUUGCCACUAAUUGGAAACCUUCAUCAGCUAGGCACACUCCCACACCGCUCGCUGGGCAAUCUGUCUAAGAAGCAUGGCCCUCUGAUGCUACUUCACCUGGGUCAAGUUCCAACAUUAGUUGUUUCAUCAGCAGAAAUGGCCAAGGAAGUCAUGAAGACCCAUGAUUCUGUCUUCUGCAGCCGCCCCAAAUUAACAGCUACAAACAAAUUAGUGUAUGGAGGUUAUGACAUCGGUUUCUCUCCUUAUGGGGAGUACUGGAGACAACUUCGCAAACUUUCUGUUCAGGAACUUCUCAGCGUCAAAAGAGUGCAACAAUUUCAGUAUGCAAGGGAAGAAGAAGUUGGUGAGAUGGUAAACAACAUUCGAAAAGCUUGCCGCGGCCAGUCUCCUAUUAAUCUAAGUGAGAUGUUGAUAAGAGCCUCCGGCAACAUAAUGUCUAGGUGCGUUCUUGGACGGAAGAUUGUAGGUGAAAAUGGUUGUUGGUUUGGAGAGUUGUCAAGGACAGUAAUGACUCAAUUAAUGGUUUUUAGCGUGGAAGAUUUCUUUCCUUCUUUCCGUUGGAUUGACAGUCUCACAGGACUUACUGCAAGGUUGAAUAAAACCUUUGUCAAAGCAGAUGGAUUUCUUGAUCUCUUGAUUGAAGAGCAUAGGACUGCAAAUAAGGAAGUUGAUUCCAAGGACUUCGUGGAUAUUCUCCUCCAGUGUCAAAAGGAUAGCAUGCUCGACUUCAAACUUACUCGAGACAACCUGAAGGGCAUCCUAUGGGACAUGCUCAUUGGGGGAAGUGAUACUUCUUCAACUGCGUUGGAAUGGUUAAUGGUAGAGCUGUUGAGAAAUUCAAAUGUAAUGGCCAGACUCCAACAAGAAGUUAGAAGGGUGGUGGGGAAAAAGGCAAGGGUGGAAGUGAGUGAUAUAGAACAAAUGGACUACUUAAAAUGUGUCAUCAAAGAAGCUCUAAGACUACAUCCUCCAGGACCUCUUUUACUUCCCAGAGAAACAAUUGCAGCUGUGGAAUUGGGAGGUUAUCAUAUCCCUGCCAAAACAAGAGUGCUUGUGAAUGCAUUUGCAAUCCAAAGGGAUCCUGAACUCUGGGACAGACCAGAGGAGUUCCUUCCAGAAAGAUUCGAGGGCCACUCAGUUGAUUUCAAAGGGCAGGAUUUCCAGUUCAUAACAUUUGGUGGAGGUAGAAGGGUGUGCCCGGGGAUGAACAUGGCGGUUGCUGCAGUUCAAUAUGAGCUUGCUAAUCUUGUCUAUUGGUUUGAUUGGAAAUUGCCUAGUAGUGAGAGUGUACUGGCCGAGACCUUGGACAUGACUGAAGUUUAUGGUCUCACUGUCCGUAAAAAUGCUCAUCUUCAUGUUGUGCCAUUAUUGUACUCACCUUGAUCCCUCCAGUACUCAUAGGUCUUAUGCUUUAUAUGUCCUCCUAAUCUGCUAUUGUGUUAUCA